CAGGGUAGGGAUUGUGUUUAUAGAGAUUGAUAAGCUUUUACUAAUGUAUGCUUGUAUAAUAACUGCAGAAGGUGGUUUUGUUACUGUGUUAUCCAUGUAUAUUGACACUAUACGUCUGUCCUGUACAGUGGAGCAGGGAUCACUGGGUGGUGAGUGGUAUGACUGAGCCCCACCUUCCCAACCGCUUCUUCAUCCACCCAAACUCACCCGCCCUGGGAGAGAGGUGGAUGCAGUGCCCAGUCUCUUUCCACAAGCAAACUCACCAACACCCUCAACUCCAAUAGCCUGGUGGUUCUCCACUCCAUGUAUAAGUACCAGCCCCGCCUGCACAUUGUCCUGUCUCCAGACCCCCACAGCCCUCUGUCAGGGGACUACCUGCGCUUCACCUUCCCUGAGGCAGCCUUCAUUGCUGUCACUGCCUACCAGAACUCAGAGAUAACAAAACUCAAGAUAGACAACAACCCCUUUGCAAAAGGCUUUCGUGACAACGGGCUGAACGGAAAAAGGUUCAGAGAAAAGGAAGGUCAGAGCUCUGACAAACUAAAUUACCAUCCAGACCAGUGGAUUCAAAUAAUGAGGCUGAUGUUACCGUCUCCAGCUCUAGCUCAGUGGAUUCCCAUGGUGCAGUAGGAUACAGGACUGAUGACAUCACAUCUCUCUCUGCUGUUCCUGACCCCUUCAUCUCUGCCUUCAUGAACUGGGGAGCUGCAGCUGCCAAGAGUGAUGGGGGGUUCAGGACCCAAGGACCCAUAACAACCACAAARACAACACACUUCGUAUCUGGGCCUAUGACAGGUAGGAUGAUGAUUUUUAGUUGCAGAAAUGUCAAUUUUUUUUCAAUCUUAAAAGUGUAUUACAUCAUCAGCUUUUAAUAGUGAACGAGAAUCAUAAGUAUUCUUCUUAUCAGUCCAGUAUUUUCAUAGGAUAUUGAUUUGUUAAUGAUUAUGAUAAUCUCAAGUUUGUAUUUAUUAUAAAUAAAUUAGGCUAAUAUUCUGAAACUGUACACUGUUCUAUUURAUGCGUUGGGCAGCAUAAGGAGGCCAGGAUACUGGUUUACAAAAUGUUGCCUCUCCUCUCUUCCUCACACACCCUCCACUGGGCCAGACUCACCACCUAGGGUCUGUUGGCUUCAGGAGGCCCCAGGCGCAUAGCAGGAAACCAGUGCUGCCUCACCCACCUCACCACCGAGGAGGUCCAAGUGGUCCAGCACCAGAACUCUCCCAUAGCCAUAGCCACAGCCACACAUCAGACCACCAGCCCCAGCAGCCACAGCCCCAUCAGGCUGAGUUUGACUACCCUCUCCCCCUGCCCCCAAAGGUCAGCAGGAUGUACCUACCUGAGAGUGCCCUGCGUAGCCUGGAGAUGAGCCCCUCCCCCUCGGUGUCCGGCAACCCUUGGUCCCUCACCGACAUGCUCAACAGGAUCCACAGCAGGGAAGGGUCUGGGAUCAACUCAGUAAGCCCCCAGGGGAAGCUGCUCCAGGCCCAGGCCCAGUAUGAGAGGCCAGGCCUGGAGCUGGGGGUGAACAGGGAGCUCCGGCCACCACAGCCCUACCCACCACUACCUGACCACGGGCCAGAGUACAUGUCUCUCCAUAGCAUGAUGCUCUACCACCAGAACAGCUUGAUGGGCUCUGUGGUGCCACUAAGAGAUAGCCAUGUGGACAUUCAAGUCCCCUCCUCCUCUCUAGAAUACCCCUAUAAGGCACUUAUGCGUGACUUGGAUUUUGAUGAACAGAGUGAGAAAUAAAGCGAUCUCUUGUUCAGUAAACACAACAGGUCAGGUAGACUUUCAAAUUUUGCCUCACCACUUGUCGACCUCUAGUGCCACCUCUGGGUAGAGUUGAGACAAAUGAAUGCAAUAUUGAGUCAUUCCAAGGUAACUGUAUAGCGCAUCACUCUUUGCAAUGUUAGAUGUUGUUUAAAUGUACAUAUUUUUCAGUUGUAGGAUAGGCAAGUGGUUUGCUAGGAGAAGGAACUGGAGACUAUUCUGCCCUGACAUUUGAUUCGUAUAAUUAGUAAAGGGAACUAAUAAUAUGCAUCACGUCAGAACGAGAACUCAGUAUGUCACAUAUUCUCCCUGGACAUUGUAAAUCAUGUGAGAUUUUGUGCAAGAUGUACCUGUACAUGCAGAWGAACAGUGGCUUAUCAAAUAAUAGAACAUGAUAAUUAGACUCCUGAUGUUUUGAUGUUAACAUUAGCCCAUC